GACUCGGAGUGCGAGCUGUGCGCUUGAUGGAUGGAGCCGGGUGCCUUUUACACAUAUUCAAAGAAUGACAGCGGGAAAGAAGCCAAGGGUCUGUGGCCUGAGGACCAGUGUUCGUGGCAACGGCGGGGUUAAAAGAAGGAUUUUGCCCAACGGGGGAUGGCCGAGCAUUUUCCCGACGUGCCGUCUGCUGGUUUGAGGAGAAUGCAGAGGAUCCGGGGGCUGAGACAGCACGGGCGCACGUUAGCUGGACACCGGACACGGAGGAAGGAGCCGAUGGCAGUCCCACCACAGAGCGCAGCAGGAGCGCUCCGCCGGCAUGAGACAGACCAAGAUGAACUUCUGGGACGGGAUGGAGCACGCCUUCAUGAUGCCCAGCGUCACCGCUGAAGAGCGAACAGCCAUCUGGGACGCCGUGGCCGGCUACAUUCAAGAACAUCUCUUGCUGCACAAGGGAGUCCGGAUUCCCACGCUCGGCUCCUUCGAUACUGUCCCUAAACAGAUCCAGGUUGGAGACGAGGCUGUCAUUAUCCAGCAGCCCGUCUUUCACCUGGCCAGGAAUCUUGUGAAUGCCCACAACCUGACGGACAACAAAGCCUACCUGCCUGGAAACAAAGAGCUGGAGGCCCUUAAAUACGCCACGGUGGCUGCAGCCACCUGUGUGUCCCGGCAGAAAGCGGAGAGCUGCAUCCAAGGCACCUUAUCCCUGCUCUCCUACUGCCUGGGGAAAGGGGAGAACGUCGCCCUUGCCCUGAGGGACAUUGGGGUGUUGCUCAUUGAAGGCAGGAGGGUGCAAAUGAAGUUCUACUACAACUUCCUGGAGAUGUUGUCCGGGAAGGAAAACUUGGGAAAAGCUAUUUUCAAGGUCCCCCAGCUGCUGGCCAUGGUGGUGUCCCCAGUGGUACCCGUGGCCAGCCUGAGCUCCUCUGGCCGCGUCAUCAUCUUUCCCGAGUUUGAAAUGGAGUUUGUGCCCAAACUACUGGCCAGGGAUCUUCUCAAGACCUUGAGACAAGGCCCCGGGGAGGACAAGAACAUGAGAAGAGACGGCUGGUCACCUUUUGGACAAGGCAGGAAAGUGGGAUCUCCUGGUUUUCCCUUUCCUGUUAGUCCAGACUCCACUAAUACUGAAAUACCGCGGUUCUGGGAAAUCAUGGCGCCGAGGAAGAGGAAGAAGUCGCGGGUCAGGCAGCGGUCAGAGAUCCCAAAGGGCUCCUCUGCCAAAAAGCAGCCGGUGACCAGCCGUCCGAAGGGCAAAGCCGUGCUCAAAGGCCAAAUGUCAAAGCAGAGCCAAGUGCAGGCAUUGCCUCAGAGCUACGGAGAAGAAGGAAUAGUGGAUCAAAUCCUCGCUGAAACGGCAGCGAGGAAGAAGGUGAAAGCCAAGCCCUCCCGUCCUCGGGGAGCCUUGACCUUCGAAACACCGGUAAUAGCCAUAUUAUCGACAACGAGCUCUGAGGCCAGCCUGCUCUAGAAGCCCACCUACGAGGUGCUCAGACGGCCGUCACCAAGACCAGAACGGCCAAAAUAGUGACGUUUAGGCUUGAGAAAUUCUGGCCAGUGCUGGAAUAACCUCAGAAGGCGGUAUUAGAGACCCGGAGCUCUGAGGCCAGCCUGCUUGAGGUGUCCCUCGAUGAACGUCUCUUGGUUUGAUCCAACUGAUGGGCGAGGGGACCAGCAAAACGCGAUGCUCUCCUCGACCGGAGAGGCCCUGGCUGGAAUGAUCAGGAAAAAAGAGGAAUAAAAACCCACAGAGACGUUGCAGAAGAGUGUUGGCUUUUUUUAAUUAUGAACGAGGGGGAGAAGGGGUUUUACAGUUGGCCAUGGCUCCAGGAUUAGCCCAGCGUGGUCCUGGAAGCUGAGGGGGGGCCAUCUGCAGGACCUUCCCUUGGGAAUCUUUUC